AUGAGUCAAGAAUCCUCAUGGUCUUGGAUACAAGAUUCAAUCACUGAAGAUCUUAUUGAAGAUCUUAUUGAAGAUCUUGGUGCAAGAGUUUUUGUUAUUCUUGCUCAAUUAAUUGGUCUAACAAGCCUCAUUUUCGUUGGUAUAUGGAUGGGAUCAUAUGCUGGCGGAUUUGCCUGGCAGUCUGAUCCUGAUCUAGAAUUUAAUUUACAUCCAUUACUAAUGACAAUUGGCAUUAUAUUUCUUUAUGGAAAUUCUAUCCUUGUCUAUCGAGUAUUUUCCGACGUACAAAAAUUAAAAGUGAAGAUAUUGCAUGCAACAUUAUUAGCUCUUUCGUUGAUAAUCGGAAGUGUUGGUUUAAAAGCGGUUUUUGAUUCACAUAACUUAGCCAAACCAAAACCACAUGCAAAUUUACAAUCUUUACAUUCAUGGGUCGGUUUAGGAAUUGUCAUUUUAUUUGGAUUACAGUGGUUAUGUGGUUUUAUCAGUUUUUUAUAUCCAAAAUUAUCCAAAGAGGCUCGCUCAUUCUAUUUACCCACUCACAAAUUCUGGGGCAUAACAAUAUUUUUCCUUGCUGUAGCCAACGUGUUAAUGGGAACAAUGGAAUAUGCCACGGAAUUAAAUGCUUUUUCCACAUACAAAUCACAUGGUAUAAUUGUAAACGUGUUUGGCAUAUGUAUUAUACUGUUUGCGAUUUUAAUUAUAUAUAUUUUAACUGAACGGUCUUUUGAACGAGUAAAACCAGAUGGUGAUGAUGAUCAUAUUACAUUGAUGAAUGUGAGAAACGGACUAAAUGACGAUGAAUCACGUACUCCCUUAAUGGAUGAAUAA